AUGACUUCAAAGGCAUUUUCACAGAAUACUUUCAUCAAUCCAAAUGUUGAAGAAAAAUCAAUAGAGGGGGACAAGGUUUCACGAACAAGAAAACCAUCUGUUUACGACGCUGUUGCAGGUCGGAUUUCCGCAGCAGGUUUCAUUCCUAGGAGUGUGGUUGUCUCCUCAACGCGGGAUACUACAUCGUCCUCUUUAAGCGCUGUGCCUCCCGAAGCUGUGUUGUUUCGGAGCAAAAAUGCGCCCACCAGGUAUGCCGAAUCGGACAUCUAUUUUGCAAAUGAGCGAGAGUCUCCAAAGGGGUUGCCAGACUCCGAUCUGUUAAAAUCACUUCACACCUAUGCUUCAGAUUUCUAUUCGCGUGCAACUGCAGAGGGAGGGUCUAUAGAUUGGCGCAGCAUGGACGAGACGGCUUUGAUAGGACUGGGUAUUUUGAUGGAAGAAGCAUCUCGAGAGAUCCUAGGAGAAACAGGUGACCUGACUUUUACGGAGGGAGAGGAUUUCAAUAUCAAUAUUCUUGGACGCGGUCGACGCUCUCGAACAGGCAGCAUUGUCAGCUCACCCCUAGAAGCUAAAAGGCCCGCUAAGAGAAGACGCGUCCAUGAUGAUCAUGUCAAUGGAUCGGGUUGA